CCUGGGUUUUAGAUCUGAGAGCGGAGGUGAAGAGUGAACGAUGAAUGAGGUAACUGAAUUGAGUUUGAUUCAAAUAGCUCUCGGGUCCUCCUUGCGAGAGCAUGCCCAGCGCACAAUUGCUUCCUGUUAUAUUGCUGCGUGAACUCGCUUGUUGCUAUCCUGCGAAACUUUGAAAGCUUGCUGCAUCCCUGCUUAAGCAUUCAACUAUCGAUUACUACCUCCCGACCACGUAUAUCAUAAAUCGCCAAAAUGGUCAAGGCCAAGGAAGAGGUCAUCUCCGAGUUCAAUGAGUACGUCAACAUGACGGCCGAAGACCUCGAGUCCUGGCUCAAGUCAGACGACUCCAACAGCGCAGGCUGGCCUAAGGACGACGCCGAGGGCGACGGCGAGUCGGUCGGGCACGACAGCGGGCGCAAGAUUGUCGAGAUCCUUCAGGCGAACCCCGACAAGAAGGAGGAUGAGUACACGGACGACCAGGUUGAGCAUAUGCGCAAGGUCGUGGCAUACUGCAAGCGACACCUGGCGCAAGAGUCAAAGUCGAAUAGCGAUAAGUCGCCCGAGGAAGUGAAGAAGACCAAGUCGUAUGCUUCACUGAAGAAUUGGGGUCACGACUUCCUCAAGGCCCAGGGCAAGGAGAAUGGCGCGUCCAAGUCGAAUGGAAAGUCUUCCAAGAAGGAGGAGAACGGCGACGAAGAGAAGGCUGAGUCGAAUGGGUCCAAGAAGCAGAAUGGAUCCAAGAAGGAGGAAGAAGAAGUUGAAGAUGACGAGGAGAAGGCUGAGGAAGAUGCUGACGAAGAGGCCGAGGACGACAGCGAGGAGAAGGCCGGCGACAAGCGCAAGAACGCCAGUGAGGAGAACGGAUCCAGCAAAAAGCGGCAGACGCGCCAGGGCGAGGGCAAGUCGACUGAGAAGUCGGAUGAGAACGCCGAUAAUGAUAAGGAAGAGGAAGCCGAGGAGAAGGACGAGGACGGCGACGAGGAGAUGGAAGAUGACGGUGAGGAAGGCGAUGACAAGGAGAAUGGUGGAGGCAAAGCCAAGAAGGGACCCAAGAAGGGCGACACUGUCAGCUGGAAAUGGGGCAGUGGUAACCCCGAGGGCAAGGUCCUUGAUGUGAAGGGUGAAAAGACGACCAUCACGACGAAGCGUGGAAGCGAGGUGACUCGCGAUGGAAAUCCUGAGGACCCCGCUGUUGUGAUCGAUACUGGAAAGUCGAAAGCUGUCAAGUCUGCUCACGAGCUGAAUGAGUAAUGGGAGAUUAUAUGGCUACAGAAAAGGCGUAUUAGGACUCCGUGAUCGAUUUAGGUGUCCUUCCUGUCAGAGGAAUUGUGUUUAUGAAAGGUGUAUUUUAGUGUUGUUCAAUAACUUCAAGCCGAAACAGAUGGAUACGCAGGGGAAACUAACUU